AAACACCCAACAACAAUCACCACGUCUGCCUCAAUGAGCUCUUUAGAUUCGCUGCUGCAAGACAGCUUGCUCUCCACAUCAACGGAAAUAUGGGUCAUCCUGCUUAGCAGCCACAGCCCAUACCAAAAUUAGGCAAGCCCCCUCAGCCGUCGCUCGUAACACACCCGGCGAGGUUGACGCUAACCACACCUGCUCGUGCUGGGUCUGGUUCACCCACGGAAAGACGCGAUGGAAAAGUUCAAGAACAAAAUACUGCACCCUCGCAAAUCGUGGCAAGAGAAAGAGACGAAACAGACUCCUGGAAAUCGAUCUGCAGGCUUCCAACAUUGGGCGAUAGCUUUUAUUGUUUGCAACUUCAACGUCGACGUAGGCCCGGAGAUUGAGAUUCUCUAUCCACCAGAUGUCCCGUUCACAACUGUAGACCUUAGUGCAAUAUGCUUCAACAGCUUUCCCGAGCAACAAAAUACCGAAACUGCAGAAGACCUUACCUUCAACUUUGCCAUUACCAACAAUUCUCCUGAUGUCAAACUGAACUCGCCACAUGCUCCGCAUGGCAGUGCCAGCACUUUCCAUGGCUCAUGUGUCUUUCGACAGGAAUUUGAUGGCACAAUGAAGAGAAGUUUCAAUCAAAGGACCCUCGUUCUGAUAUCUCAUCAUAACUUUCCUGCAUUCUACAACCGAGUGUUACAAGAAAUGACUGCGUCGGGAUCGAUCAGUGAUCCAACGACUCUGGAGACGGCGUACUCACAGGUCGUUUCAUGGCCGCCGCCUUCCAUCGGACGGCAAGAGCUCCCCUUCAUGGGGAAGAUGUUGACUCUAGAUAUCGCGCCGCAUCCAUCAUUUCCACUGCAAGGCCUGCCCGGACCCACUCCCCUGAUCUCAGACACACGUUCUUCGAUCUAUGCCUACGAACCUGUGGGAUCGUGGGAUACCAUCAUGCACUUCAUGCCCUGCAUUACAGAUCUUUACGUCCUGUACGAAAAGCUCAUUCUUUGCGAAAGCAUCAUCGUAAUCGCCAAGUCACCGCAGCUAGCGAGUGAAGCAAUCUCCUCACUCCUCGACCUCAUCUGCCCUGUACCAUAUGCCGGGGUCAUCAAGCCAUACAUGACGAUGCAAGCUGACUUCCGAAGCAUUGGCAUCGACGGCGGAACACCACGCCCGUUCAUCGUCGGCGUCACGAACCCCUUCCUCCUCAAGCGCAUCGUAGCAGCAGCAGAAAGCAGCCACCGAGCAAGACCGCACAUCCUGUAUCUCCAAAACUUCGACGGCCCCGUCCCAACAAGACGACGCCACUCCUUACACCACACAUCGAGCCGCAACGCGCUCCUAGACCUACCCGGCGGCGGCAUAGAAGUCCACACCCCCUCAAAACGCUUCCUGAAAUCCGACUCAACCAUAGUCUCCCAAAUCGAAGCCCUGCUCAAACUCGGCGACCAGACCCGCGAACUGGACCUCAUCGUCCGCCGCCACUUCGCAGAGCUCACGGCCCAGUUCGUCGCCCCCAUCAACCGCUACCUCGCCACGUCGAAUGUCGUCGCGCCAGGAGGCGGCCACCGUCGGUAUGCGAGCUUCUCCGCGCCCGACUUCCUCCAGAGCGUGAGCAAGUACGGCACGAGUGUCAAGUUCCGCGUCCAGGUCCCGAUACUGCACCAUCGUGCGAAGGACGGCUUGUACGAGAGCUUCUGCAACUCGCCGAACUUUUACUCGUGGUUGGAGAUGAAGAUGUCGCUGGAGAACGAGGCUUCGGCGGGGUCGUUGGGCGCGGGCGUUGCGUCGUCGAGGACGUGAGGUGGGAUGUUUCCAUCGUCUUAUGGGUAGGGCGUUUGAUGGUUUUAUUUAAUGUUUUUGGGAUAUAUUAUAUUUAGGUCGCAUGUUUGUCUGUUGUAAUCUAGACACCAUUGGGUAUCAUGGCUUGUUCGAAUUGGAAAUGAUCAAUACU